GCGAGAUGUCCGAUUUGAUCUUACUGCUCCUGAUAAUUGUGCUUCUGGUGUGUCUGGUGGUGACAGUCGGGGCGCUGCUGGUGUACUCGGGUCUUCUGUCAGAUGUUGUUAUUAAAACCGGACCCCCUCCUAUCAGAAAUGUCACCAUAGCCUAUAAGUUUAAGGAGGGCUCGUACAAAGACUGCGGGGCCGCCUACACGGAGAGCUGCAGCGUCGGGCCGAAGCUCCACUCCAUCGGUGUUUUCUACGACGACCCCAAACAGAGACCACCAGAGAAAUGUCGUUACGUGGUGGGCAGCGUCCUGUGUGAGGGUGAAGAGAAGCCGGAUGAGGAUCUGCUGAAGCUCUACGAGAAGUUCGGCUUUAAGGUGUUUUCUCUCCCAGGAGUGAGCCAUGCUGUGACCACCAGCUUCCCUUACACCACCCACCUGUCCCAUGUGCUGGGUCCAUACAGGGUUUAUCCUCAACUCGCUUCCUACAUCGAGGAGCGGAAGCUGUGUGCCUUUCCGUUUAUUGAGAUCUACAGACCUGACGUCAUCAACUAUAUGGUUCCACUGUCUCGCCAAGUAGACUUCUUCGUGCCAGAAAUGAAAGAUGAAGUCAAAUCAGAAGUGAAAGAUGAGGACUCUGAUGAGGACAGAGGAACGGACAUUACAGGUGCAGAUUCCCACAGCGAUGUCAGCUCAGUAAGCGGCGGCGUGCCGUGGGACAGCAGAGAGACGUCCCUGGCAGCUUCUACAGCCGCCUCUCUGGCCUCCUCCCUGCCCCUGAGGGACGUCAUGGACUCAAACGACGACGUUAAGCACAGGGACCACAGUGACAGAGGCUCGAAUGACUCUGUGGGCAGUGGCUCAUCCUUCGAAGAACUGGACAUGGAUCAGGAGGGGCAGGAGCAGGAGGAGGUGGAGGAGAAAGAAGAUGGGAAAGAGGAAGGCCUUUCUAAGGGUAAAGAUGAAGGCGGAGAAGCCGUUGAACUGGUGGCUGAGAAGAAGGAGCCCUUGGGAGAUGGAGAGGAGUAGGAAGGACGUAACGCUAACAUACUUAAGUUUCUCAGCUGGUUAUCUAUUGAUUACUCAUGUGGAUGGAUCUCAUCACCGUUCACGUCAAAAUCAACAUGCCGUAUUUCUGCGCCUUUUCACUUUCCACAUGAAGCCUGUAAUUUCUGUUGAACAAAAUGUCGCUUUUUAGAAAAGCCUCCCGAUGUAUAAACACUAUCAGGACAGAGUGACUUCGGGUACUCUGAGGGGUGUGCAGCAAAUCAGAGGCCAGAUGUGUUUUCAAUAUGGUGACACAACC